UCAUUUUCAGCGGUUUUUCGACCUGCCCAGCCUGCACUGAUUUUUUUAUUUGAGCCGUAGCUACUCUCAUGUUCUCGAUCUUCUUUCUGAUAGUGAUAAAACUCGGAACAUGGUUAUAUGCCCUAAGCGUGGAUUUUACAUUGCGAACCGUGGAUUUUAACUUGUGGUUUUAAUAACAACACUCCUAGCACUAAGAAUAAAAAAUGAACUUUCAAUAUCUUUUCAUGUUUUUCCCUACUUAUUGAGGUUGCACUGAGAUAUUGUAUUGUUUAUUUGUGAUAAUAUGGAAGUACUUUGGAACAAAUUACAUUUGGAGCGGCCCCCAAUGAAUACUUGGCGUGUGUUCAAACCAGAUUUUGGAGUAUCCAAGUUCUUAGCAACUGUCAGAAAAAUUGAACAAGACAUAACAUCUCAGGAUAUUCUGCAUACAGAAGCUGCAAUCCUGAGCCGUUUAAUAUAUCGAAUGAAAAGUAAAUUCAGAAGCGACAAGGGCUUGAAAAAUAUGGAGAAAGUUAAUAGAGCGCUUCUGAAUUACUUGGUGCUGGACCUCGCUAAAGAAUAUAAACGUUUAAAGGAUAACAUAGCAAAUGACCAUGAUAUUGUUAUCUUGCCGACGAGGCAAAUGUUGGAAUAUGUUCUUGUCAGAACCCAGGGCUGUGCAAAGCUGAUGUGUCGCAUAGAGGAUGUUACGAUGAAUGCGGCUAAAUUUCUCAAGGCGAGAAUUAGUUUAGGUCAAGCAUGGGCAGUAUCAGUAAUCGCUUACUCUGUCAUAAGUAGGAUAUGGGUUCUUUCACGGUAUUUAGUGAAAAGAUGUUGUAAUUGGUACGAUGAUCUGUACCAUUAUCUUAAAGCAUUUGAGAUCGUUGGUGUACCUUGGCUUCCACAUGACUAUGUUCUACCUUAUAAUUUGAAGGCUUGGCUUGAUGUUUCCUGGAUCGACGAAGAACUAAAUUGCAUUCCCACGCAUCAUCAGCAAACCGAAACCAUAUUUAAUUUAAUCAAAGUUGGACACAACGAAAUGGAAGAUUUAAAAUUCGCUGUUGAACUGAAAACUAAUGGACCCGAGGACAAUGUGCCAAAAUUAGAUCUUUUACGAGCAGAACACGAAACAAAUGAAAACAGAUGUAAUAUAUUGCAAACCGAUGAUAUUGGACAACCAGUUAGUCGUCAAGGAUUUAAACUAGACUCUACGGCCGAAAAAACUAAUGAUAAAACGUUAUUAAAUAAAAGUUCAGAAGAUCCGAGUAGCAGUAAGGAUACUUCAAAAAGUAAAUUCUGUAGCCUACCGGUAUCGUGUAAAAGGAAAAAAGAAGAAUGCACGUCAUCUUGCAAAGCAACGAGGAGAAAAAAAUUCUGUGAAACAGUAGAGGAAAAAACAACUGCUGUGGUAAAAGAAAAAGAGCGAUUGCAAACUAUAAGUACGACAAAUGAAAAAGAAAAGAGGACAACCGAUGUGCAAGCUCAUAAGGAAAAAAUGUUGAAGAAUUUAAAAUCAGUGGAUGAUUUUAAUAAUUUUUUUAGCGCGGACUCUUAUCCAGGGUUAGAUAAACUGCAGUGGAACAUGCUUAAGCGAAAAACCUUAAAAUCCUUGAAUAAAUUAAGUAAACACGAUCUUACGGACAAGGCAAAGUUAAAGCUCAUGCGUGAAAGGUUGGGACAACGUUUAAGAGACUGGACCAAUUGAUGCUUCUCAGUUAAAUCUGUUGCGUUCUAAUUUACAUUCGACGUAAGUUCUUAUGACACAUUUGUAUAACUCAAGAAGCGAACGCUACUAGAAAUACAAGGAAUUAAUUAUACACUUA